AUGCUUGAAAGCAAAUCAGAUUAAAUUGUUGAAAGUUGUCUGAAACAUCCCACACCUGAUGGUCUAGAUUAAUUUAAGUUUAAAAUAGAAGAAUGGUUAUAUAAAUAGAAACAAAAUAAGGCAUUAUUCAUUUGUGAGGAAGAGGGAAAUGACAUUUAAUGCUUGAUUUCAUAUUGGAUGAAAGGUCUCAAUGUAUAAUAUUUGAAAUAAUACUUCCAAUUAGAAAGAUAUAGUCAUUCCGUAUUUUGUAGAGCAUGAGAAUUAGAAUUACUAAUAUGCCAUUUUUUAUGUUUUAUCAAGAUUGAAAGUAAUAAUAAAAAUCAUAUUGAAGACAAUUUUUAACAUCUCUUAAAAAGUGGAAAUCGAAGGAGAAAAAUUGAAAUAGUUUUUUCAAUACUGGCUUGAAUUUUACAGCAGAGAAAUAUAAAAUCAAGUAUUUAGUGAUUCAAAAUGCGUUUAUAAAAGAGUAUAAAAUAUCCCUAUAUUAUAUUAGCUGAUUCUGAUAUUCUAAGGAAUUGAUAGAUUUCGCGAUUAGAAUGGUGAAGUACGAGCAUCCUACUGGUUACCUAGAGUUUUGCCUGAAAAUGUUAAAGUAAUUAAUAAUUCAAAUUUUCAAGUUAAUAGUAACUGGGAAGACUGAGUCUAAAGCAUAUGAAUAAUACUGUAAUUAAGGCGGAACCAUCAUUUAAAUGUAAAUAUCUUUCACUCACAUUAUAUAGAGACCAAAACAAAGAUGAAUUUCUUGAAAGACUUUAUAGCAAGGAUCGUCUCUAUGUAUAUUAUGAAUAUAUAUCAAAUAGAAAUUGUAUACAAAAAUACCUUAGCAUUUGGCUGACCAGGCAUAUUUUUGCAAGUCCUUUGAACUCACUCUAACUAAUAAUAAUGAAGAUUUCCAAGAUGUUAUUAAAGAAUCUAUAUCUUAAAUGGAAAGUAAGAUUGAUAUUUUUGAUUAUUAGAUAUCAAAAGUGAAGGUGAUUUCUUUUGUAUCUUGAUAAAAUCAUUUUUAAAAUACUUUUCAGAAACACAUUAUAUUUCUAUUUUAACAGUACUUACUUUUGUUUUUAAGGGAGUUUCCUUGGAUGAGAUUGUUUAAAUAUGUAAUUGUGAGAAAGAACAUAUUACAUUUGUUUAUGAGUUCUUUAGUAUAUUUCUAAUGGAAAAACAAUAGAUUUAUUGUAUUUUCAGUAUCUCAUUUAAGAAUGCAUUAAUUCAAUGCUUACCUUCCAAUAAACAAUUAUAUCACCAAUUCAUUACAACUAUGGAACACUCAUAAAACUCAAUUAGAAAAUUAGAGGAACUAAUCUAUCAAUAUACUAGAACAAAGAGAUAUUUCAAACUUAAAGAAGUUCUGAUUAAUGUUGAAAACUUCUUAAUGUUGUGUAGUCCAAACCACAAAUUUGAAUUAUGCCAUUUAUGGGAAACCCUAGAAUAAAAUGGAUAUGAUCUAGUGAUGGAAUAUAAUAAAGCAAUAGAAAAUUUCUAAGCACUUUAUAAACCAACAAAUGAAGGUCUAUUCUACAUAAUGUUAUAAAUUUGUAGAUUCUUAAGAGAAUUUAGUAAUUUUGAGAAGUAUUUCCUAUAAUAUCAUAUUUAGUGAUCACACUCCCCCUUACAAACAUCCAGAGUUAAGAGGUCAAUCUAUUGAGUUUGAUGAGAUUGGUUUGUAUAAUGAGUUGAAAUAGUUGAAGAUGAUUGCAAAAAAGAAGACUAAAUAGAUGAAUGAAGAUUAUUUCCCUUAAUAACAAGGUAACAUCGAAACUUUGAAUAUGGAUAUCAAAGCCAAUAGAGAUUUCUUUAUGAAUUAUUACAUCAGCCAAUUCGAUUAAAAUCUAGUAUAGGAAUAUAUUAAUACAAAAUAAGAGUACAUCUUAGAUAAAAUCAUAACAAAUACAAGGAAUCAAUAAAACUACUAUUAUAAGAGGUGGAUAUGGGUUCAAUUUCCUUGGUUGGCAUUGACUCAAAAGAAUAACUAUUCAAAAUUAAUGGACUAUUAUAAUACGAAUAAUAUACCCAUGUCAGAGGAAUUACAAAUUAGUUAGAAAGCUAUAAAGUUGGCUCUCAUUGCCAAGUAAACUAAAUAGAUGAAGGAUCACAAUUGUAAUUUCAAUUGUUAUUUAUUUAGCAACCAAAUUACCUUCUAUUAAUUCUAGUAUUCGAUUGAGAUAGUUUAGUCCUUUGGAUACGACCAGGAACACAAAUAUUUUAAAAACAAGAGCAGAUUCUGAACAUAAUAAAACAGAAAGGAGUCUCAGCAAGAAGAUUUCAUUGCCAAGUUUACAGAAAAUUCAAUUCCAAAAGAAAUUAGAUUAAAUUAUUUAUUAGAAGUAAUUGUUUGAUUGGUAACUUUAGUUAGGUGUUAAAAAAUAGAUUGAAAGAUUAUACCACCAUCAAAUAGAAUAUGUAUCCUGAUGAAUUGAAUGGGGAAACUCAGAAAACUUUGGAGAUCAACAAAUUCUUAUCAGAAGAAUAAAAGAAGCAAUAAGAGAAUCUAUCGGUGGUGUAAUUGGAAAUGAAAAGAAUGAAUAUCGUUUGGAAACUGUGUUAAUAGAAUUAGGAUUAUAAUGAAGAUAGGGCCUAAUAAUUAGUUAAGCAUUCAAAAAAUUUGGAUAAAUUGAUUGCUGAAUAAAUAGCUAUAAUAAGGGAAUUGGGUGAGAAAGUUUAAUCAAUUAAAUAAAAAUCCAAAAUAGAAACAAAAAAAGUUUAAUAAGAAAAAAAAUAGCUUUAACAAUAAUUAGAAGCAUCGAGGAGAUUAACCUAUUUCUAAAAUAUACCCCCAUCUCCAGGUAUAAUUUCAAAUAUAGAAAAUUCUUAUUUUUUAGAUACAAAUAAGAAACAUUUAAAUUUGUAGUAAAUUAAUGCCGUUCAUUCUAAUACUGAAGUCAGCAACAGUGGAAACGAAAUCAAGAUUAAGUUUGUUCGCUUGAAAUCUGAAAAAGUCGAAGACAACAUUUUAAAAUAAUUGAAUUGUGAUGCACACACCUAAGAUCUGCUAAACCAAUUAACAGAUUUGGGUAUUGACAAUCCUUAUCACAAUCCAAAGUGGAUUGAAUUCUGUGAUAAAGUCCUGAAGAAUUAAGAGUUACAAUUAGAAAUCCAAAAUAGAUAAACCAAAUUACUAGAAUUAAAAAAUCACAAGGCAGAAUUACAGAUUUAUAAAAAGGUAAUCAUUUAAUAAACAAAAGAUUUUAUCAAGAUAAGUUGUCUCCAAAAAUUCUAUAUAAUUUAAUCAACAUUACUCUAGUUUCUAAAGAGAUGAUGUGAUUAGAUCCAAUGACUUUAAAAUGCUUCAGUUAAAAGAAUUGAAAUAACACUAAGCAGUCAUUAAAUUCUAUAAUAAUAAUUUAUAUAACCUAUUGAGUACAACCCAAAAAUUAACUAGCAAUAAUAUACAUCAUAUGGGUAAUGUCUUAUCCAAAAUGACAUGA